AGGGCAUCCAAUUCAGUGUCAGUUCCCCUCAGUUUAGGAUUGAUUGCGGUUAAUCACGCCCUGUUGGUUGUCACAUGGCCCUAUCAGCAUAAGUGUAUGUGGUAUGCUGCCCAGUUUAAUUAACUUGGUCACGUCUGGUACAUUUCUAUAGAAGUCAUUUAGUUCACGCUGUGCUAACGAUUGCUUCCGUUUAAAAUAUUUUCCAGCCUUGCAUCGCUUCUCUUUGAAUUUUUCGGAGCAGGCGUGCUAACGUCCUAACCUGGUGUUGCGGUGACGACAAGACCGUUUUUAGUUUUAUGUAACGGUUUUGCAUUAUAUAAAAAUGCGCCAUAGAUUGCUUCCACAACCCUUUCCAUUAAUUUUUAUUCUGCGAUACCGGUAUAAUUGCCGUUCAACAAAUAUUAUUCCGGCAGCUUUUAACGCAUUCUAACUUAGUUUUGUAUCGGGCCGGUCUAAGCUUUGCCACAAAUUGCGUUCGUGGUAAACUUAUCAUAGACUUUCAUCGAAUUUCUGAGUGUAGAUUGCCAAUUCUGACUUUUAUUUUUUGCUUUUUAACCGUAUUUCUCUAUUAACGUUUGUUUAACUUGAUGACCUAAUUUCUAUCCUAAAUCUUCGUUUGUUCAGAAUCUAGCAAUCAUGAAAACAGAUCAGAAAUCAACCGAAUGUACCAGAAUGGGAAACUACACGCUGUCACAUCAGGGGACCUUCCAAGGACGACAUAUCUGUCUAGCCAGAGACGAUCAGAGCAAAACUUAUACGUGUAAACGCAGGACUGGAGCCGAACUAAACCACAUCAGAAAGGUGCAGCUUGCUCUAGGAAAAUGCUCACGAGUACUACCAAUAAUGAACGUUGUGAAUACCGGCAGUAUCUUGACAGAAAGCUUCACCUUCCAGGAUCAAAUCAGAGGCUCACUCGCUGACCUCGUGGCUAGGAAAGGACCCCUCCCUGAAAUGCUAGCUGCCAGAAUAAUCAGACAAGUGCUUCAGUGCCUGAACGACUGCCAUUCGAAAGGUGUCGUCAUUCAAGAUUUGGAGCUAGACCAUUUUGUCAUCACCAGCUCAUCAGAUGACAAGAUCUACUUACACGACGUAGUUGACUGUGAUAUUUAUCAUCCUGAUGCUGAUCACGACGCUCCUAUCAACCCCUUCACCGCUCCUGAGGUAAUGAUGAGUUCUCAGCACACGACCACCAGCAAUGUUUGGUCAGCAGGAGUCAUGUUGUACGUCCUACUCUCACAGCAUUGGCCUUUCUUCGGAAACACCAAGGAGGAGCUCAUUCAGUCUAUAUUCUCCGGCCAAUACUUCGUACAUCCUUGCUGGUCCUACGAACUGAGACACCUAUUCCACUGCAUGCUGUCCGUCCAGCCCAGCAGACGACUAUCAGCGACCCAGAUCCUCAGACACCCCUGGUUCCGUCUGUGUGAGGCAAUGGAAGUGAGACACAAACUCAACUUGAGAUCCUCAUCAGAGCAACAGUACACCAGAUCCACGUCAGAUCAGCCAAUGGACGCUGACAAGUGAACUUGAAACCCGGGUGUGUGGGGAUCAGCCUGCCAUUUUCGGAGUUUUCAGUUUGUAAUUCAGUGCAACGUUGUCAUAUCCAGCAAAUGAAGAGCAAUAUCGAGCGCAAUGCUGUCAGAUCGUACAGAUGGAGUGCCAUUAACCGCAAGGAUUGAACUCAAGGGCGAGGAAAUUCGUUUUGGACAGCGAUAAUGAUAAGACUGAAUAGUUUUGACAAUUUUUGUGUGGUUUUGUGAUCAUUUUAAUUGAAGCAUUAUUAUGAAGCGACAAUGACUGCAACUAGAUUAGAAUUUUGUGAUCCUACGAGGAUAUUUUGAUUUGAUUUACCGUUUUGAUAAUUUAUUAAAUAAAUUACUGCUGCAAAA